AUGCGCUCGUCCUUUUUUGGUUCGACAGACGGCGCGCCCAUGUCCAGCCAUCUUUCUUGUCCCGUGGGUACCGCAAUACUCAUGACGACUGCACCCUCCUUGCCCAUCUUGCUUGUCCACCUCACCAUACCCUCUGGAGGCGCCUGGAUACGCCUGCUGGGUGAAGGGUUGCCAGUAGAGGGAUCAAUGUCGUCGUCAAUCUUUGCGCGAGAGCGAGAUGUCUGGGCACGGAGCAGACGGUUGAUGGUCUCGUCCUGUACAUACUCAUUAGCUGGAGGUCGUGGAUACAUGUACACGAGUCGCAUACUUGUUCAUCUUGGAGCCUUUGUUCGAUCUGGCGACGCCGUCUUCUCGACGCCUCUUCCUUUCUCUCGAUCUUUUCUUGCUCGGUCAACUGUAGAGCGCGCGUUGACCGGGCUGGCGUAUCGUCAGUACACUGCGUACAUGCAAAUGUGA